CAAGAAACAGAGCUUUCUUCUCUAUCUUCCUGAAAACACAAAUCGCAAUCGCCGGAGAAUGGCCGCCACUUCCACCGCUGCUUCUUCCAUCAUGGGUACUCGGGUAGCUCCCGGUAUCCAUUCCAGCUCGGGUCGGUUCACAGCCCGGUUUAGUUUCGGGAAGAAGAAGGCAGCUCCGAAAAAGAGUGCGCCCAAGACGGUGACUACAGACAGGCCUCUUUGGUACCCAGGCGCCAAAUCUCCUGAGUGGCUCGACGGUUCCUUGGUUGGCGAUUACGGUUUCGAUCCCUUUGGUUUAGGUAAACCGGCAGAGUAUCUCCAGUUCGAUAUUGAUUCGCUUGACCAGAAUCUGGCUAAGAACUUAGCCGGAGACGUUAUCGGAACCCGUACUGAAGCUGCUGACGCCAAAUCGACGCCGUUUCAGCCCUACAGUGAGGUGUUUGGAAUCCAGCGAUUCAGGGAAUGCGAGCUCAUCCACGGACGGUGGGCGAUGCUCGCCACUCUCGGCGCUCUCUCCGUCGAAUGGCUGACCGGCGUUACAUGGCAAGACGCCGGAAAGGUGGAGCUUGUAGAUGGGUCGUCCUACUUGGGGCAGCCAUUACCGUUCUCGAUCUCGACAUUGAUAUGGAUCGAGGUGUUAGUGGUCGGCUACAUCGAGUUCCAGCGCAACGCUGAGCUAGACUCCGAUAAGCGUUUGUACCCGGGAGGCAAAUACUUCGACCCGCUAGGUUUAGCGGCUGACCCGGAGAAGAGGGCUCAACUUCAGUUAGCCGAGAUCAAGCACGCACGUCUUGCCAUGGUCGCCUUUUUGGGAUUCGCAGUUCAAGCGGCUGCAACGGGUAAAGGUCCACUCAACAACUGGGCUACUCACCUCAGUGAUCCACUCCACACCACCAUCAUUGAUACCUUCAACUCUUAAAAUCAUCAUUAUCUCCAUUAUCUAUCAUCUGGUUCUAUUUUGCAUAAACAGAGCUAUGAUACUGAAUCAAGUUUGGGCUUUUUCACCAAAAAAAAGAUAAUCAAGUUUGGGCUUUUGCUUGUUUGGUUUGUUUUA